GAGUACGUAUAUUCUAAGAAUAAGUACAUAAGCAAGCAGUACGUGAAUCACGUCGACGUCGUCGGUGAUAAUCAAAGCGUAUCGAUAUAUACGCUAUUGAAAAAAUAUACUUUAUUUUCGCAUUUUAAAGCAUUAAGAAAAUUCGUUCGAAGGCGUUUCUCGUACAUUUAUUCGCGGAUUCGGCGGAAUUGACAAAAAAAUCGCGAUGUAUCCUUGUUCGUGAUGUGGUUUUUACUUCUGGAGACGAACAAAUUAGUUUCAGAUAUCUAUUUAUAAAAUUAUUGUGCGAGUUGUUUCGCGUUUAUUCUUAGAAAAUCGUAUAGCCAUAAAUUUUCUAACUAUUUUUUGAUAUAUUUCUAAAGCACGUUUACUGUCAUAAAUUAUCGUAAAUUUAAAGUGAGUAGCUAAAGGUAUGCAAUUUUUUCAAGUAGUAUUCAAUGUAUCUGAACGUUUUGUGCGAUGUACUCGCGAUGCUUGUUGGUUGUUUUAUUGAUAACUGAAUUGAGCAAUUGUUCAUGGGUGAGGAUCGCAGGUCCACCAGCGGAUAUUCCAAAUAACCAGAAAAAAGUAAUUGAUCAUAAUACUAAAAAUGAAGUUCCUACAACGAGUCUUAAAACAUCAUCAAGUGAGCAAAGUUCAACGACAGUACACCAGCAAGAUCAAGGAAAAAGUACGAGUACUACUACUACCAGCACGAACUCCCCAUCUCCAGAAAAUAUAGGCUGUGGACAUUUUUUAACCACUACAACUACUGAAGAAGAUGAUUGCUGCGGUUACGAGGCAUUACAGGACGUAUUUCCGCAGAAAAAAGUGGAAAAAUCUCUGACAGAUAUUUCUCCUCGAAUGAAUGAUUCGGAAAUAUUGAAUGAAAUAUAUUCGUUAAUUGAUGAUAUGGAUGAAAGUAUGAAUAAGAUAGUAGAUGAUUUGGUUUUUGCCGUCAAGGUGCCAGAAUCGUUCGAUGAAAGUGAUAUCGAUACAGUUUGGAACUUUAAAGAAGAACACACUAACGAUUUUUGGUUGCAGGAAAUUGACAUCAAAUUGCCAAAAGAAAUCGUCAAUCACAUGUAUUUUGAGAAAAUUGACUUUAAAAUCGCCAUACUGACUCACUUUAGUCAUUCCAGUUUCAAUACAACAACUGAAAAAGGACAAUCACUCAAACAUGGACCUUUUAUCAUCGUAAAAACUACCUCGCGGGAUGAAAUUUCAAUCGGUCAACUCGCGUUAGAAUUUCAAAUUGAUAGAAAGCAACUGGAAGUUCCGAAGGGGAAAUGGAACUGUAAAUUUUGGAAUAAUGAAACCCUUGAUUGGGAUAAACGAGGAAUUUCAACGAUAAAAGACGAAAAUUAUAUAACAUGUCAGAGCAGCCAUCUAUCCGCAUUUUCUGUGGUAAUGGAUCCUUACGCCGGUACCGAAGAUGAUGAUCGAUUUCUAACUGUAAUCAGCGUGUUGGGAUCCUUAUUGACUAUUCCUUGUUUAAUCAUUACUGUAAUCAUGUAUCGUCAUAAAAGAGCUCGACGAAAGAAGAUAUCUUCAAAAAUACUUAUGAAUUGCUGCGCAUCGUUACUAUUGUUGCAUUUUUCUUUUUUAAUUUAUACAUUUUUUCGCGAAAUUUUCCCUUGUUGGCUUUCGAAUUUUUUGGUUCACUAUGGAGUAUCGUCGACGUUGCUGUGGACUGCAGCAGAUGGAAUAAAUAUGUGGAGAAAACUAUUCGUCGACAUUUUCGACAAAACGAAAACAGUUUUUUAUCGCUGGUGUAAAAUCAUUUCUUGGGGAUUUCCUCUACUGGCCAGCUUAAUUGGGGUCAUAUUGACCGAUUACUCAGAAAGAGACGAAUGCGGAAUUUAUUUCAAACACAAUUUAAUACUGUAUUUGCUACCUGGUGCUCUAAUCAUGAUUUGCAAUGUGAUAUUUUUCGCCAUCAUGUUCAUCAACGUAGUAUGCAAAAAUAAAAUUAAAAGCUUGACCGGUAGAAAGAAAAAAUAUAUCAUGUCAUUAGUGCAAGUAUUCGGAUUAUUCUGGUGCAUUGCAUUUCCUCUAAUGUGGCUCGGAGAGACUCGAUUUCUCGGACAUCUUGUUUUCACCAUCCUUGUGGCUAAUCAAGGAAUCGUUAUUUUCUUCGUUCGUUGUAUGAAUGAAAGAGAAAUCAGAAACGAAUUAAUGGAGUACACGGUGUACAGAAAAAUAUUCCAUCACGUUUUAACAAUUUCGGAAGAAAAAUCUUCUUAUAAAAAUGGAAAAACCGAAGUAACCGGAAUUUUUUGCAUGUCUACGGGCAGUGGGAAAUGUAUUUUAACGUCUACCGAUAUGGAAUCUAGAUUGUAAAUGUAGUUAAGUAUUCAUCGACGAAUUGUGAUAGUGAAAUACCUCGAAGUUCAAACUCAUGUUUGGAAUAAGUGGAAGUUUAAACUUCCAGUUAAAAAUUUUUUUUAAAAAAAAUCUAACAAAUCACAAAUUUAUCUAUAUGUACAGUUCAAUUUGAAUUAUUUUUCUUCGAAAUCCUUAUUUAAUUCCUAUUUACGUGAUACCUAUGAUGUUUUCUGUGAUAUGCUUCGUAACAUUAAAAUAGUAAGUAAGUAAAAAUGAUCCAAUAUUUUCAACUAUCUGAAUAAAUAUUUUUUGUUGAAGAAUAA